CUCGAGCUGGAUUCUAUCGGCAAUUGCAUCUGAAUCGUGGCCUGUGGUUUUUCGCGCCAGAUCGCCGUUCCCAUCGCUUUCGCCGCCCGCCCUAUCGUUCGCUCCCUCUCUCUCACUCUCACACACACUCUCUCUACCCAACUCCUUCACCCCACCACCACACCGGGGAAACACCAGCUGCUGCGAGAAUCUUAUUCCAUCCAUCCAGAUUCCCGGGGUGCUUCCGCCUCAGGACCCCAUGUUGAAGAGAAGGAGAGAUCGUCGUCGUAUCCGGGCCUCAACUCCUCUUUCUCUCCUCUCCGCCGCCGCACGGGGGUCGACGACUGCCUCUGUCCAACAGCAACACCCGCCGGUACCAUACCUGCCUCGGUCUCGGCUGCCUCGUUAAAUGGCCGAUGGUACCUACAGGUUCCAGCAGCCUGGGGCCGGGCAAUUCUACUUCCAACCGCAAUCUCAACAGCACUCCCACCCGCGCCACCUCGUCCGCAACGGCACCAAUUCGCCCACCGGUCGCCUCAAGUUCAAUAGCGACACCCCCUCCCCGUCUCGCUCCCCGCCUCUCGGUGGUCAGGCUACCUCGCUCAAUCCCUUCACCAUGUACAGCCAGACCCAUCAAGCUCAGCACGUCAUGCUGAAUGGUGGUCAGGCCCACCAGCGGUUCGGUAUGCAGCUGCCCAAAUUCCAAUCCCAGAGUCACCACCCCCACCAUGCGCAGCAACAACAGCAGCAGCAGCAACAACAACAACAACAGCAGCAGCAGCAGCAUCAGCAGCAGCAUCAGCAGCAUCAGCAGCACCAGCAGCAUCAACAGCAGCAACACCACCCUCAUCAUACGCAAGCCUCUCACGCCAUCACCCACCAACACAACUUCUCCGGCGGCGCUCUUGCCAGCACCACCCCUCAUUUCACCCCAAGCCACCUCCAGAAUGGCGGGCCCACCACCCUUGACGACGAGAUGGACGAAUCGAUGAACGAGCACUGGCAACUGCAGCUGCAGUUGGCUGCCGAGUCGAGGCAGGCUAGCUCCCCGCACUACUACGCUCGUUCCGUCGCCCAGCAGGCCAAGGGUAUCCAGAUCGCGCCCCUCCAGAUCGCCGCCGACUCGCCGGAGAACGGCAUCGACGGCCGCAAUGGCUCCGCCAAGGUCAAGGACAGCAGCAGCAACGGUAGCAACAGUCGCCAAGGCUGGCAUGCCCUCGACUUUGGUGGCCAGGGUCUGCGCGCCCUCUCCACCUCCCUGUUCAAUUACGUCUUCCUGGAAAAACUCUACCUGAACCACAACAAGCUCAAGGCCCUCCCGCCCUCCAUCGGCCAGCUACGCCGUCUGAGUCACCUGGAUCUCUCCGGCAACGAUCUCACCGAGCUGCCCGACGAGAUCGGCAUGCUCACCAGUCUCCGCAAGCUCUAUCUCUUCGACAACAACCUCCGCACCCUUCCUUACGAGAUGGGUUACCUGUAUCAGCUGGAAACCCUGGGCAUUGAAGGCAACCCGCUGAGCGAUGUUCUCAAGACCCAGAUCAUGAAGGAGGGCACCAAAGCGUUAAUCAGAUACCUCCGAGAGGAGAUGCCAGUGCAUCUCCCCCCUCCCGAACGAGAUUGGAUCAUACUGGACGAAACGGCCAGCUCAUCAAACUCUCCCACAGACAAGAUCACCGUGCUCUCCUACAACAUCCUCUGCGAGUCAUCCGCGACGCCAUCGCACUAUGGCUACACACCGUCCCGCGUGCUGGCCUGGGAGUUCCGACGGGAGAUGAUCCUCAGUGAGAUCCGGUCUCACAAUGCAGACGUGGUCUGCAUGCAGGAGGUGGACCAAGGCGGCUACAACGACUACUUCCGGGAGCAGCUGGCGUACAACGACUACAAGGGGGUGUACUGGCCUCGUGGGCGAGCCAUGGGCAUGCAGGAGGAGGACGCCAAAGCCGUGGACGGCUGUGCGACUUUCUUCAAGGGCAGCAAGUACAUCCUGCUGGACAAGCAGCUGAUCAACUUUGGGCAGACCGCGGUGCGGCGGCCGGAUGCCAAGGGCCAAGACGACAUCUACAACCGGCUGUGGCAGAAGGACCACAUUGCGGUGGUGGUAUUUUUGGAGAACCGGAUGACGGGCUCGCGGUUCAUCGUGGUGAACUCGCACCUCUACUGGGACCCGGCCUUCAAGGACGUCAAGCUGAUCCAGACGGCCAUCCUGAUGGAGGAGAUCACCAAGCUCUCCGAGACGUACGCCAAGUGGCCCGCGUGCACGGACAAGACGGCCUUCCGCUUCUCCGAGGCGGAGGACGGCACGGAGAACCAGAAGAAGAAGAAGCCGGCGACGCCCGUGGAGCCCGCCCCCUCGGUGGAGUACCCCAGCGGCGACCAGAUCCCUCUCCUCAUGUGCGGCGACUUCAACUCCUCGCCCGGCUCGGCGGCGUACAACCUGAUCGCGCACGGCGGACUCAACGAGGACCAUCCGGAGCUGGAGAACCGGCUGUACGGCAAUCUCAGCCGGGUGGGCAUGACGCACCCGUUCAAGCUCAAGUCGGCGUACAGCUCGAUCGGCGAGCUGGGCUUCACCAACUACACGCCCGACUUCAAGGACAUCCUGGACUACGUGUGGUUCACGUCCAACUCGCUGCACGUCACCGCCCUGCUCGGCGAGGUGGACAAGGACUACCUGCAACGGGUGCCCGGGUUCCCCAAUUUUCAUUUUCCCAGUGACCACAUCGCAUUACUUGCGGAGUUUUCAGUUAAAGGUAAAAAGGCAAAGGUUGUCGAGGUGGAUUUUGGACCGCAGCGUAAAUGAUGGUUGUUGGGGGUGGUGGUGCAUCUUCAUUGAGGACCGGCCGGUGUUCUUCCUCUCUUCCUUUUCUCUUCCUUUUCAUCUCUUCGCUUUUCCCUCAUGUUCUUCUCGGAUUGGUGGCGGUGAGGUGUUGCUCAUGUAUCUUCCUUUUUCUUUCCUUCCUCGCUCUGUCCGUCUCUCUUUAUCUGUCUUGUGAGUUUAUUGUUUCUUCGCCGCCGGCG